AUGGCGCCCCAGGCACCGCAGCUGCCGACCAAAUUCCCCUGCUGGUGUCGAGCAGUAUACUCAUGGGGAGGUGAAUCGAAGCAAGACCUCGGGUUUAUCGAGGGAGACCUGAUCGAGUGUCUUAAUGCUGGAGACGGAUCAUGGUGGACCGGCAGGCUACGGCGCGACAGGCGCAUGGUUGGCGUGUUUCCAUCCAACUUCGUGAAGGUCCUGGAAGAUGACUUCGUGCCCGCUACACGGUCUGUUAGCCCACUGCCACCGGUACUGGAUAGCCCGUCGAAUGCUCCCUUGUAUGCGCCCAAAAAGGAGAAGACGAUUUUCAGGAAACCCUUUCAGGGCUACAAGCAGGUACUGGGCCCCUCUGCAGAGCUGGCAAAGAAGAAUGCGGAGAAGGAGACAGAGGCACCAACUGCAGCCAACUCCACAGCCGGAACGACAGCCUACGCCAGAGCCGGAACGGGCAACCAACUCCUCAGCUUGCACUGGUCCCGAUGCACCCCGCCACCAAUGAUGAUACCCCACGAGUCUCGUGAGUUUGAACCUGAGUCCUCACCUCCUCCGCCGCCCCCUCCUCCACAUAGAAUUGCAGUUCGGAGGCAACCUUCAUAUGUACAACCCGAAUCCUCCAUGCAUGAUUACCAUUACCAGCAACCAAGCCAUGACUUCCGGCCGGCUUCUAGGACGCCAUCCCCCUAUCCGCCCUCUCCUGGAACUCACCACCGCCACACGCCUUCUCCGUUGCGGGACGCCAUGGAAGAUGUGAUGUCCUCUCUACAAGGCAUGAGUAUGCCCCAUGAUCCUCACUCAGAACCACAGCGGACCCCUUCUCCCUUUAAUCCAUGGUCUCCUGCUGCAUUCGAUAAUCUACGCGGCUCAUCGAAUCAACAGUUUGGUGGCCGGCCGUCUACUUCACUAGGACUUGGGAACAGCCAAUACAGCCGCCGCGGCAGCCACUUUGCUCAUAAGUCGUCGGAGAGUUUCCAUGACCGCUUCCAGGAUGGUCCUCCGCAGCUCGGUAACUACGUUCAGCGAAUGGAGUCUCGUCUAAGGCAGUUGCACAAUCAGGAGGAAGGUUCUGACAGAGGGAAUCCCAUGCUUAUAGAGGAUGAGGACAAUCCCCCUCCACCUCCUCCCCGGCGAGGCGAAUAUAAUUAUUCACCUUCACAGCAACUAGUUACAAGGCCACGGGGCAUGACAUAUGACUCAGGCCGGGAUGCUCUUGGACGGACCUUUACUACUAGAUCCAUUGCUACCAACUCGUCUUCUGGCGUCCAAAGUAAUACAACACACAGCACUGCAAGCACAAGUACCACCAACCCAAGUCUCAUGAGCGGUACAUCUGCGGGCGGAUUUAGUGCUACCAGUGCAGGAAGUUUUGCAAAGCGUAAUCAACAGGCGUCCCAUCUACGACACGGAAUGUUUAGGUCCUUUGAUGGCACAAGGUCAGGUGGCUUUACCGGGUUUGGCGAUGACGGGGAACCAAGACCGUACACCCCAAUGACGUCUCAAUCCGGAAGUUAUUCUCAUCUUCCCCAAGAUGAUCCUAGACAUGGGGCUACUUCCGCCGUUGGUUGGACAGAAUACAACAAGCAAGAGGAGUCGCCUGGUAUCUUCGGGGGACUUACAACUCCUAAAUCGAAGAAGACUGGUUUUUUGAAAAAGAUGAUCGAAUCCGCAAAGACAGGAGCAGCAACUGCACGAAGUAGUAUUGCUACUGCCCAGCAUAACCGUUCAUUAUCUCCAACCAAGGGACUUCUUUCAGGUGGCAUGGGAACUUUCUCUCCGACAAAGGAUCGAGAUACUAAUACACCUGAUACAGGCUUAGGAGGUAAUGACUGGGUUCAGGUCCGCAGAGAUGUUAAUCGUGCAACUUCUCCUAGCCGGAAUGAAAUGGUAGAGAGAGCAGAGCGCUGCCAGAUGAUGGACUACCCUGUCAUAUAUGCAGUGGAAGAACUGUAUGAAUGUGCUGAAGGCGAUGAAGGGCUGGAUGGACUACCAGUAACAGAGCCCACCAAUUGGGCUGCAGUGAACUUGCAGCUUGUUGAUAAAAGCUCUCGGUUCAUUAACAGCCUACCUCCAAUGACAAGCCCAGCGAGUUUAGCUCAAGGCUUUGUCUGCAGGCCUCAUCGGAGUGACGUUCAACGUUUACGUGCUAUAUUUACCUGGGUCGCAGAAAAGGUUGUGUGGGAUGAAGAAAUCGAGGGAGCAGUUGAUGUGCGAAGAGUCAUUCAAAUGAAACGAGGUAGCCCUCAGGAGGUAGCUAUUUUGGUGAUGGAAAUGUGUGACGCUGUUGGUCUCCACGCUGAAGUUGUCCAGGGAUACCUGAAAACACCUGGUGAACAGCUGGAAUUCGACGGUUAUACUCGUGUCAACCACUGGUGGAAUAAUGUACUCAUCGACGGUGAAUGGAGGAUCAUGGACUGUUCACUUGCCAGUCCAACCCACCCACGGAGAGCUCUUUAUUCGAGUUUUAAUCCCCAAGCAGCAGAGUCAUGGUAUUUCCUGGCUCGUCCGAUGGAGAUAUGUUACACGCAUAUACCCCUUGCUCCCGAACAUCAGCAUAUAUGCCCUCCGAUUAGCCCCGACGUCCUUCUUGCGCUACCAUGUGCCUGUCCAGCUUAUUUCAAGAAUAACCUCCAUAUGCCAACCUAUGACACAAGCCUUGUUCGCCUCACGGAUUUGGAAAUGCUACAAGUCAGGAUUCUUGUCCCACCUGAUGUCGAGUGUAUUGCAGAGGUCGAGGCAAUUGCGUUUGCUCGAGACGCCGAUGGGGACGUUUUUGAGAGCGGUGACAUCAUCACUAAGCGCGCACUGGCUCAACCAGAUUGGAUACAGGGCCAGAAGCGGUUUACUAUCAAAGCAACGCUUCCCGGCGACGAGGGACAAGGAGUUCUUAAAGUCUACGCUGGGAAGAAGGGUCUCAUGCAUUCCAUCAAGGAUAUACCCCAUGCUCUUGCUUUCGCUCUACCAAUCACCCACUCCGGAGACAACCCUCCCUACGAGUUUGUUCUUCGUCACCCGACUCCUCAUGCACAAAGACACGAUCUAUACGUCAUUCAGCCCCAGUGUGCAAGACUUACCAUUAAUAAUACUUUCGUCUUUGCCGUCCGCCAGCACCCGUCCUCUCUACCAUCAUCUCCCAAAGCCGAGGAACCCAGUGGACGGAUAUCCCCAAAUCCCUUUGCCAGGCCUUCCAGUGCCCUAAGUAUGGUGUCUUCCGUUGCUACUAUAUCUAAUGCGUCAACCACGUCCUCCAACGUUUCGAGUAACUAUAGACACCAAAGCUCUCGAGACAAACCAGCAAAAUUGGCUAUACAAACACCGUCUGGGAAAAUUUUAAGGCUUAGUCGAAAAGCAGACCAUAUGAUUACUACAAGCUCCAGUGCGGAUGCUGGGUUUGAUGGCCCUCCAGACGGUAGUGUCUGGGAGACAGUUAUCAAAGUCAGCGAGCGUGGUGUUUGGAGAGGUCUAGUCCUCGCUGAUCGUACAGCAAGGUGGUGCGUCUGGGGCGAGUGGGAGUGCUUCUGA